UGCGUGCGUUUCCCGGCGGACACGUACGAAGGCUGAAGUGGCAGCGGGUCGGCGCCAUGGAGCUGCCGGAGCUGCCGGUCCUCGUGGGCUUGUCGCUAUUGCUCGGGCUGCUCGUCCUGGUGGCUAUGGCAGCCGCGGCGCGGGGGUGGCGGCGCUCGGGGGCGGCCUGGCAGCGCGGGGCCGACGACCAGAGAGCAAACGGACUGCCACUCAAUAAGGCCAUGAGCACCAAGAAGCAGAAGCAGCAGCAGCGGAUGUCAAAGGAUAAGCCCCAGCAGCACACCUUCACCCACCGCCUCCUAGCGGGGGCCCUGAAGAGCCACAGCGGGAACAUAACUUGCCUGGACUUCAGCAGCAACGGCAAGUACCUGGCAACCUGUGCGGACGACCGCACUGUCCGCAUCUGGAGCACCAAGGACUUCCUGCAGCGGGAGCACCGCAGCAUGAGAGCCAACGUGGAGCUGGACCACGCCACCCUGGUGCGCUUCAGCCCUGACUGCAGGGCUUUCAUCAUCUGGCUGGCCAAUGGAGAGACGCUCCGGGUCUUCAAGAUGGCCAAGCGAGAGGACGGGGGCUACACCUUCACAGCCGCCCCAGAGGACUUCCCGAAGAAGCACAAGGCCCCCAUCGUCAACAUUGGCAUUGCUGACACAGGGAAAUUCAUCAUGACUGCUUCCAGUGACACAACUGUCCUCAUCUGGAGCCUGAAAGGCCACGUGCUGUCUUCCAUUAACACCAACCAGAUGAAUAACACCUACGCUGCCAUCUCCCCUUGCAGUCGGUUUGUGGCAUCGUGCGGCUUCACUCCCGAUGUGAAAGUCUGGGAAGUCUGCUUUGGGAAAAAGGGGGACUUCCAAGAGGUGGUGCGAGCCUUCGAGCUGAAGGGCCACUCCGCAGCUGUCCACUUUUUCGCCUUCUCCAAUGACUCCCGCAGGAUGGCCUCGGUCUCCAAGGAUGGGACGUGGAAGCUGUGGGACACGGACGUGGAAUACAAGAAGCAGCAAGACCCCUACCUGCUGCGGACAGGCCGCUUUGAGGAGGCAAGAGCCAUGCCCUGCCGCCUGGCGCUGUCCCCCAAUGCCCAGGUCUUGGCCCUGGCCAGCGGCAGCAACGUCCACCUCUACAACACCCGGCGCGGGGAGCGGGAGGAGAGCUUUGAGCAGGUCCACGGGGAGUGCGUGGCUGACUUGGCCUUUGAUGUCACGGGCCGCCUCCUGGCCUCCUGUGGGGACCGGGCGGUGCGGCUCUUUCACAACAGCCCUGGCCACCGCGCGGUGGUGGAAGAAAUGCAGGGCCUGCUCAAGCGGGCCUCCAACGAGAGCACCCGCCAGCGGCUGCAGCAGCAGUUGAUCCAGGCCCAGGAGGCCCUCAAGAGCCUGGGUGCCCUGAAGAAGUGACCAGAGGGCCUUUGGUGGGGGGGGGAGCUGCUACCACUGCCAUCUCCCUAGGCACUCCCCACCCCAGCUGGAAUGCUGGUGAAAGGAGAAGUUUGGUCUUCUUACUGGUGGCCCCCUCUCUUGUCCACUGAAACAACUCUGGUCUUCGUAGAGCUUCUGUUUGUUGGGGCCCGUGGCCUCACUUGACCUCCUCAGCUUCUGACCAAGCCGUUUCUCUUUGUUUUUGGAUCCAAGGGGUUGAGCCUGGCACUUCCCUGGGCACCGAGUAUGCUAGAUAGGAGAGAGGACUUGGUCUUUGACGUCACAGUACACCCUGUAGCCAAAGAUGUCUGUGAUCGUGGAGGCAGGAAGCCAAGGAAGGCCUGAACUCUAGCCGGCUAUCCUGCAGGGGCCGGGGCGCAGGAGUUGGGACAUCUUCCGGUUCCAGAAGUAUGGGAAGGGAUGGUCUUCAUCCAAGCAAAACUUCUGACUCCAUCAAAGAGUGAUUAAGGGAUUCUGUCUGUGCCUUACUUGCAAAACAGGUUAACCCAUCCUUCGGCCUCCUUACAGAGAGGUCACGAGGGUAUAAAGUUCCUAGAUUUGGGGAAAAGUGAAAAAGAGUCAUAGGGACAUUAUCUGUCUUCCAGUAUCACUAACUACCACCACAGAGGCUAGUUCGGAAAAUGAAAUUAAGGGCCGGGUGGUGGCACACUGGGUUGUGCUCACCUGUUCAUGGUGAGGGUAAGGUCCCCAGCUGCAGGAGGAAAGCUUCGUGAGUGGUGAAGCACUGCUGCUUUUCCUCUCCUCGUUCUUGCUCUUCCUUCUUUAUCCUCUCUGCCUACCUCUUCCAUCUUGGUUUCUGUUUCUAUCCAAUAAACUGUUUUUAAAUGAUAAUGAUAAUAUUAGAAAGAAGUAGGCACUCCCCUUGAGAAAGUAAGGUUCUUGGGACGUAGUGGUACAUUUUGUAUUCAGUUCUGCUUUAGGGUGGAUGAGUGUCUUAGCAGACCCUUGAGUGCUUGCUCUGGACCCAGGAGGGAAGAGUGAAUAAGACAAGCUCUCCACCCUCGAGGGUGGCUGGCGAGAGGCAGAACGCAGCUGCUCGGUGCUUUCUGGUAGUUUAACCCUAGAGGGACAAGACUGUCAACGUCCAGGCAAGAGAAAGGACAGAACCAGCAUGGAGUGUGUGGAUAAGAAGCUGAAGGCAUUUGGAACAUGGUGAGUUCUUAGCUGUGUAUGUGUGGGGGGAGGCAGACUCAGGGGAGACCUUAGUAUAGGCAAAAUGUAUCCAUCCAAAACCAAACUCUUAACUCUCUCCCCUCAAAACUGGGGCCUCCCCCAUUUGCCCUCAACUCACAGGUCCUUCAACUAAAUGCCUCAGUGUCAAGAGUCCUCCCAUCUUCAUCUCACUACCAUUCCUUGAUUCCAUCCUCUCAGGACACUUCCAGAGCUACUCCAGCGCAUGUUCUCAGACUGCUGCUUCUCCAUCUUUUUUUGUUGUUACCAACCUGCUUCUGACCACUGUCACCUACCACUGCCCCACUGGCCUCCCUGCUCCCCCCUUCCCUGGCCUCCACCACUUUUCUUUGUGGUGGGAUGACCUUUUGAAACCGUUAACCAGAUCAAGUUGACCCCAAGUUCAAACUCUCCAAUGGCUCCCCAGCACACUGGGGACAAAAUCUAAAGUUGUCGCCAGGCGCUGUGUAAUCUGGCUUCUCCCCCUUCUGUGAGUUUAUUGAUACCACCCAUGACCUUUGCUGUUCCCCCAGCGGGCCUCCUCUGCAGCCUCUGGGGGUGUGAGGGAGACUUUAGGCCUUGACCAUGCAGUUGCCUCUUGCCAAGAAGCACUUUGUCCUUUCUGUUGCUAAAAGUCAGUGCUUGGUUUCAGUUCCAAUCCAGAGAGAACCCUCACUGACCACCCAGUCUGAAGUAGCCCUUUCUACCAAGCAUACUGCAUCUGCUAUAGUCACCGGUUCUCUGUAUUUGUCAUUUAAUGCUAUCUGAAAUUAACUUGUUUGGUAUGUGUUUGCUUGGGAGGGGGAGGUCUGGCUUAAAAUUCAUUCUGAGAAGGUGACAUAAACACCUGGGUUGGGCCACAGUUGCCUGGGUCUAAGUAGGAAACACAGGGUCCUGAUGUGACCUCUUGGCCAGUGCCUUAGGUGAGGGGCAAGGGCACCUUUUCGUCCAGGAGUUGACAAUCUAGCUCCUAAAAUAGGGCAAUUUACUAUUUUUAAAUGGUGCUGUAUGGACCGGACAAAACAUUUAGCACAGGCCAGCGGCAGCCCACCAGCUUCCGGUCAGCAGCUUCCGGCCUAUUAGGAAAUCACUGGAAUGUGAGUGAACACCACAGGGCAGAUCCUUGUCUGGAUCCCAAACCGCAGGGCCUGAGCUCACCCCAGGUAGACUCAGACUCAGUGUCCCCAGUGUGUGUCCUCACAUUCUUGGCUUCCACUGUUCGAUGGUGCUAAUAGUAGACUCCUGACCGAGGGCAUGAUGGUGUGGGUCCUCGGGGGAGGUGUCUGCGUCCUGAUGGUUGGACUCUCCACAUCUGCUUGCCCCUGACUUUGCUCCCAGUUUUAACAAGCAGGAAGUGGCCUCAGAAUGUUGUUACUGACAUCCAAAAUUAUCCAUUUCAGUGUCCCUGGGUCCUUUACUAUUUGAGACCUCAAGCAAAUAAAUAAUUUGACUUUUUUUUUAUCAGAGCACUGCUCAGCUCUGGUUUAGGGUCAUGCCAGGAUUUGAACCUGACUAUGGGAGCCUCAGGCAUGAGAGUCUUUGCAUAACCAUUGUGCUAUCUACCCCUCCCCACCUUAUAAUUUAACUUCUUCAGUUUUUUCAUUGGUAAAAUGGCUUAUGUUCCUAGCACAGCUGUGAGUCUCUGAUAAUGUGUAUGACAAAACACUACACAAAAGUCACUCCAGAGACUUCCUUAGGGCCGGAGGUGCCCCUCACUGGAGGGAGACGGUUUCCUUUGGGAACGUGGAUGGAUGGAAUGUUAGGGCAGAGGCCACCAUGCUUUCAUUGUUUAGUUUCUCAGAAUUCCUAUGUGUGAUGGCAGCAUUCAUAUUUCAACUAUGAUUUCAGUUUCUGUGGGCUUGAAGUUUUUGCAAAUAAAAAGUUGAGGAAAUGUUUUUUAAAAUG